AUGACCUUACCUCUGGUCACUGACCUAUCUCUCAUAAAGUUUGGUGGUCUUCGCAAAUGGUCAAAUUUUUUCCCGUUAGAUAUGGUUUUAAAGGCCUUAGAAACAGAAAGCAAAGGUCAGAGCAGUUUCAUCUUUUCUAAAGAUGGUUCGUUUUUCGAACUUGUGCCAUUUUUCAACUGGAACUGGGACCAUACACAAAUAGCCGUGAAAAAUAUGGCCGUUUUGACAUUUGGCGUAGCGACAGUGAUCGCAGUCACCGGAGCCAGUGCUGCGACAGCAGCCCCAGCACUGGCUGGAACGCUUACGGGAAUCGUUACAAUCUCUGCUUCGCCAGAAGUAGGUGGUGUAGCUGCCACCGUCGCUGGAUCUGCUGGAGCGGGAGCGGUUGUCGGUGCCAUCAGCGGAACUGCUGAAAAUGGUUCGGCCGUCAUCGGGGCAGUUCUUGGUUCAGCCUCUUCUGCCGCAGUAACUUGCAGCAGCGCCGGAUUCGCCGGAGCGGUAAGCAGUGGGCUUACGGUCGGGCCCCUAGGCUGGAUGGUAUUGGGGGCUGAACAUUCCGUCAACGAUGUUGUAACAUUCGACUGCUGGAAACCGGUUUUACGGGACAACUCAGACGAACCGUCACGCGGAAAGCUGUUGAAGGACGUGAUUGACGAUUGGCGAAUCAAGAAAGUGAUUAUCAAAGACGGAAAGGUUAGCCAGUUGCCUCAGUUGAGUCUGAUCAAUGUGUGGGACGAGACAUUCAAUAUCGAGUAUCUGGUUUUACCCACCAACAACCAGCUGGUAGCUCACGCUGUUCGUAUGUGA